AUGACGACCGACGACCGCAGCGGCAGCAUCUGGGCCGUCGGUCUCACCUUUCUCGUCAUCACCUGGCUGGUGGUCGGUCUGCGCGUCUAUGUUCGGGCCUUCGCGAUUCGGAAAUUCGGGCUCGACGACAAGGUCACCAUUCUUGCGCAGGUUCUCUUCACGGGUUAUUUGAUCUGUCAGAUCGGCGGAGUGUACUAUGGGACUGGCCGUCGGCUGCGGAAUUUAACCUAUGAACAUGCCGAGACGGCGCUGAAGUUCUGGUUCUUUUGCGAAGUCUGGUACUCACUCGCCGGAACCGCCGUCCGAAUUUCCAUCUGCCUGUCCCUCAUCCGCGUCACGACCAAGAAAAUCCACCUGUGGAUCUUGUACGGCUUGAUCACCUGGUCCAUUUGUAUCGGACUGGCUUUCCUCCUCGGCGUCAUCUUCCAAUGCAUUCCAACCAGUGACUGGUGGGACCUCAACCCUGCACAUAAACGCUGCCUCACCGAGCACGUCAUCACAUCUCUGACUUACUUCGUCUCGGCGCUCAAUGUGGCCUGCGAUUGGACUUUGGGCAUCUUCCCGUUCUUCAUCGUCAAGGACCUGGCGAUUCCGUUCCAUCAGAAAGCCUUGGUAGCCACUAUCCUUGCGGUCGGUGCGCUCGCCUCGACCGCGUGUCUGGUCAGGAUGUUUUACAUUCCGACCCUAGCAGAAACCUACAAGGGCUGGGAUGGUGACUUUCUUUAUGAAACCACCGACGUCGCCAUGUGGACCACCGUCGAAUCCGGGGUCGCCAUCACCAUGAUGUGCGUUGCCACUCUUCGCCCACUGGUCAACAAGGCUUUCGGCCUCUCCAGCUCCUACUCCGGCUGCAAGCACCGUUCCCAAUCCUUCUCUCCCUACACCUCCGCCGACGGUCCCCCGACGAAUCCUCAAUUCGGCAGUCUGCGUCAGGCCCGCGCCAACGCCAUGGCCAUCAUCGAUGCUGACGACGACCACAUGGAACCCCUACGGAAUGAGGUCGGCUUCAGCACUUUCAACAUGACCAAGGCUGUUAAUGCACGCGUGCGCGAAGUAGAGCACGAAGAUCUCGAGAUGGGAUCGAGCUCGACUUGGAGCAGUCAUAAGAGUCAAGAUCGCGUGCCUUGA